AUGGGGCUGAUGCCAGGCCACCGUAACUCCAACGCCGAAGAGCAUGGACCAAUCCACGUGGUCGUCCACAAGAAGAAGCGCUGGAACCCGGGAGACGACGCCCUGACGACGGCGCUGUCGUGCCUGUACGCGAAGCUGCUGUUCGUGCUGGGCAUAGCCUUCCCCGUGACCGAGGUGCUGUCCCCUGCGGUGCCGGCCAACUACUACCAGAGUUACUACCUGUUCCUGUACAUCGGCAGUAUCUCGUUCAUGUGCGUCAUGUACAUGACCUUGCUGAAGGAGAGAGCCGUCCACAACAUCAUAAGGACACACGGUUCGGAGAAGCAAAUGUCCAAGUCCAAAAAGGCUACCGAAACACCAAUUAUUCGUUAUGGGAGCUUCUACCUCCGCCUAGGAGCAAUAGCUUUCGGCGUGGGCAGCAUGGUGUACUCGGGGCUGGAGUUCGCGCAGUACUUCGAGCUGAAGGGGGAGUCGCAGUGCCACAACGUGCUGCAGAUACUCACCCCUGGAGCUCGUCUCGUGCUCACCCUGGUGCAGAUGCAGUUCAUCUUCCUCAACAGCCAGGACAUGAAGAUGAGCAAGUACCGCGUGCUGGCGCGCUUCGGCCUGAUGCACAUGGUGGCCACGAACCUGUGCGAGUGGCUGUACGUGCUGGUGGAGGAGACCAAGCACGAGAUAGUGCACCUGGGCGACCACGCGCGCCACGAAGGCGCCGCGGCCGUCGGCGGCGAGAGCUCGUCCAGCGAGGAGUCGUCCGAGGAACAGCUGGGAGGCCUGCUGGCCGCCGUCCUGAACGCGACGGCGCUGCGGCGGCAGCAGCAGCAACACCGCGUGUCGGAGCGCGGCGCCCACGACAUCUACGAGUGCCGGCGCGCCAACAUCAUGGGCUCGCUGGUGCAGAACGCCAGCCCCUUCCUGUUCCCCUGCACCAUCGAGUACAGCCUCAUCUGCGCCGUCAUCCUGUACGAGAUGUGGAAGCACAUCGGGCCCGACGUGCCCAGGCGGGCCCGCCAGCUCGGCGACGCGGAGCGCGGCGCCUUCAAGGUGACGACCGAGCCGCACCAGUCGCUGCACCACUUCACCGUGGACUGCACCAGCGCGCACAAGGGCCUCUUCUCGGGCGUGCUGGUGCUCGUCUUCACCAUCAUCAGCCUCAUCCUGUUCUUCGUGCUGAACAACGACCCCAAGUACAAGUACGCCGCCGUGUUCGAGGUGAACGUGUGCGAGCUGGUGCUGUACAUCGUCUGCACCGUGGCUGUUCUGCUGUGCAUGGCGCAGUUGCGCGGCCUCAAGUACGAGAAGACCUCCGGUCACGGCGGCGGCGGCGGACUCGGGCUGGACAACAGCCUGCUGGUGAUGGCGCAGAGCGGCGUGUACGUGUACUGCAUGUUCUCCAUCAUCGGCAGCCAGUUCGCCGACGACGACGACUCCUCCUCCUCGGCGGCGAGCGCGACGGCCGUCGAGGUGUGCUCGCUGGUGCAGACCACGGUGCAGACCAUCCUGGUGCUGGACGCCUCGGGCCGCCGCUGCCGCACUUCGCUCGAGGCGCGGCGGAAGCCCGGGCGCCAGAUCAUCACCUUCCUCAUGGUCGCCAACAUGGCCAUGUGGGCGGUGAACACCUUGGAGAAGGGACACGCUGAGUUCCGGCCGUCGCACCUCCGCUUCUUCGGCAUCUGGGCCUGGACCAUCAUCACGCACAUCUCGAUGCCGCUGGCCAUCUUUUACCGCUUCCACUCCACCAUCUGCCUCUUCGAAGUCUGGAAGUGCUGCUACAAGAUCAAGACGUGAACGAUGUGCUUUCCCUCCUAAGAGUCCCAGUCCUCACACUUCCGUUUCUUCGGCGUGUGGGGCCGGGCCGACAUCGCGCAUCUUCUACCGCUUCCACUCCACCAUCUGCCUCUUUGAGGUCUGGAAGUGCUGCUACAAGAUCAAGACAUGAACGGCGAGCUUUUCCUCCUAGAGUUCCAGUCCUCACACUUCUGCUUCUUCAGUGUAUGGGACUGGGCUAUCAUCAUAUGCGUGACGAUGCUGCUGGCUAUUUUACACUGAUGACAAGUUUACCAUCUGCAUCAAGACCAGAAUUCUGGCCCCGCAUAUCCGUUAUUUCAGUGUGUGUGGUCUUGGAAAGUAAAACACAUGUCUUCAAGCUGCUGGCCUUUUUGUGCCACUUCAACUCCACCAUCUGCCUCUUUGAGGUCUGGUAGUGCUCUACAAUAUCAAGAAGUAAAUAAGUUGAUAGUCUUCCUAAAAUUCUUGCUCUCCCAUCUUCCUUUGGUGAGGAGGCCUGGACCAUCAUCACACAGCUGAACAAUUUACAUCGCUUCCACUCCCCCGUGGGCCUUUUUAAAGUCUGGAUGUGCUGCUAGGAGAUCAAUGCAUGAUUAAUGCACUAUCCCUACAAAAAUUCUUGUCCUUUCACUUUUACUUCUUCUGGUUUUUGGGUAUGGUCAUCCAUUGGACAUACUUUACUAAUAAUUCUCCCCCAUACACUUGUUUGAGAUCCGGAAGUGAUGCCACAAUACCAAACCACUGAAUCAGUUUUACUCUUUUUUCCGCGAACAUCAAAAGUGUUGGUGCAAUUUCAGCAUCCUUCAUCGCAACUUAUAAACACUAUUCGUGUAACAGCGAGAUAGUUUCGGCGUUUAAGAAUAAAUCUGGGUGCUGCGCAUGAGUUGUCUCACUUUCAAGCGAAUCCCAGGUUUAAAUUCUGGAUUAGUUUCCAAGUGACUUGAUCAACAUUCAGGUAAGGUUAGAACGGAACUGGCAUGCUAUUUUUAACCACGUACUUUUAACUGAUGAAAAAAUUCUAGACGGUAAUCAACCCCCAUCCUCUAUAAUCACUCUUCAAUGCAUUGCAUUUAUUCUUUUCAAUCAAAUGCAAUAGUGUUAUAAAUUUUUCCAGAAAAAUAGUUUACGCUUAGUUAUAUGCCAAUUCCUACAAAAGAGGAUGAGUUAUUUAACCUUUACAAACGAGAUUGUCGCAGCAUAUGCUUAUUUUCAUGUUCGAAGAUUUCUUCAGGAUUUAUUUUAUUAUCUGUUCAAGAAAUAUAUACUUUUGUUUGCAUAAUGGUUUUAUGAAAGUCUGUUUUUCAUUUACAUUUUUCUUGGAAGUUUUAAGAAUCAAAUUUCAGAAGUGGUGUAUUUUUUCUUAUAGUUUAAGGACUUCCGAAUUGUAUUAUUUAUCUUAACAAAUUUAAUGGUUGUAUCCAUUGGCUUGGGUUAACCUGUGUUUUUUUUUUCUGUUUGUGAAAUAUUAUUAGUCUGCGGUCUAGCUGUAAGCGCAAGUAAUUUAUCAAUUAUUUCACAAAUUAGUAUAAAUUGAUUUUCGUAGAAUACAUGUAUUUCCAUGGUGUUAGAUUACCCUUGUUAUCCUUACGUUUUACCAAACGUUUUGAGUAUAGACUAGUACCAUAAAGUAUUUAAAAUUCACAGACUGAGCCUACCAGCUAUAAAGCCAUGCAUUACUUAGCUCAUAUUUCUCAGCAAUGAUGGAAUAUCUAGAGUAUUAAAAACAUCGCAAAUUGCUCACCAUUAAGGUUUAGUUAAAAUCUUCUAAGGUUGUAAAUUACAUCACAAAAUUAAGACUAGAAAUAAGCUGUUAUUUAAAAAUAUUUUUGACAAUGAAAAACGACAAUGCAUGUAAUAUUUGGAUGUAAUGUGUAAAAUGAUAUUGAUUGUAAAGUACUAUGCAAAACUCUAUUGACUGUAAAUUCUAAUGCUUAUGCAUGUAUUAUUAUCGAUUUGCAUUAUAACAAUUUUUUAAUUAUUGCCUAUAAUAUAAUAUUUAUAUAACAAAUUGCUUUCACUUGUAAUGAAAAAUAUUUAUAGAACAGUAAAAACAAUUAAUUUCUACUUCCUUCACCAUGUACAUCCACGAAGCUGAAACCUUGUUUGUAACAAAAUAAAAUAUCAUGCAAAUUUAUAUGAACCUGUGUAACCGAAAUAAAUGCAUUUUCUCAUUAUAAA